AUGUUGACGUUGCAGACAGGGCACUGUGAGCGGCUGCAGAAGACACGGGGAGUCCGGAGAGAGGGCACUUUGAGCGGCUGCAGGAGGCGCGAGGAGCCCGGUGAUAGGGCACGUUUAGCGGAUGCAGAAAACGCAAGGAACCCGGGACAUGAGGGGGGCCGCAUCAUGCUCGGUGUCCGCUUCCUGAGGACGUGCUGCAGAGGGGGCGGGGCUACAUUACGUGGUCUGAUGGGCGUGGUCUGCCAUCACACUCCUCCCCCUCAACUCAAAGCUCCUCCCCCAAAGAGCUCUGACUCGAGUCACGCCACGGUCUCAACCAUGAAGCGGCUGAUCCAGACCUCUGGUCGACCAGCUCAGGUGCUGCGGUGGAUUUCCCAGAAUCCCUCUAAAGUUUCCAACAUUCACUUGGUGGUGGCGUUGCAGAGGAUCGCUCAGCUGCUGCAGGCCCCUCCCCCUUGUGCCCGAGCCCCUCCCCCUCGUGACAGAAAGUGGAUACUGGGGCAAGAGGCCUUCCUGUCUCUGUGCGAAGACAUCACCAGAGUCUGUGACAAGAUAGACAACUUUGAUUUGGUCACGAGUUUAAACGCUGCUGAGUCGCUAGGUCUUCGGCCCCGCUCCCCCCUCCUCGCCGCGCUGCUGUCUGAGUGUGAGCGUCGCGUGGAUCAGUUCAGUCAGAAACAUCUGUCCAUCGUGUUCAGCUGCGUCAUGAGACUGAACCCGGCCGCCGAGCUGCACAGAGACCAGCCCAGAGACCAGUCAGAGGCCUCAUCUCUAUUGGUGAAACUCGCACGUGUCCUGGAGCAGAGACUGGAGCGAGAGCGUGACCCACAGACGCUGUUCCUGCUGCUGGCCUACUACAGGGGGCGCCAGAGAGAGCUGAGAAGCAGCCAAUCAGAGUGCAGCAGUGAGGACACUCCCACAGAUCAUCCACAGCAACAGCUCAUCAACAGGAAGAUCCUGUGUUUGGUCAAACACACACUGUCAGUCGCUGUUGCCGUGAGUGACAUGGAGAUGGCGCUGUUGGAUGAGAUGCUAGCCGCAGCUGCCCCUGAGGCAGACAGCUGUAGUCUACAGCAGAUCUUCAGCUCUGAGCUGUUUCACCAGAGACGACAGGAGCGCUUCCUCCGGAGGCUGACGGAGGUACUGCCGCUGAAGCUGCACCAGCUGGCCCCGCCCACUGUGUCACUCAUCGCCAAAUACACAGCUCGGCAUCGUCUGAGAGAGCCCCGCCUCCUGGACCUGCUGUCGAAGUACCUGGAAGAAUGGGCGGAGCAACUGCAGCCCCAGGUGAUCCAGAGGCUGCUGUUCCCCCUCAGUCGACUGAACUAUCGGCCAGAGAACCUGGAGCAUCUCCUGCAGCGUGUGGAGCAUGUGAUGGAGACCAAAGCUCUGGUCGCUCCUCUGGCCACUCUGAACAUCCUGAUGUCUAUGGUCCAACUGCAGCACUGCCCCACGGAGCUGGUCCGGACGGUCUACGGGCCGGACUUCAUCCAGAGAGUCUGGGGAGGCCCUUCCUCUGUGAUAGUCCGCAGGUACCUCUCUGUCCUGGACUCGGCUCUGGACCUGGACUUCCCGCACUACUCUGGACCUCGUUUGAGUCCAGAUCUUAAAGUUCAGAUGUUUGAGCCACUGACGUCAGAUAAGAUUCACCGCAAGUUCAGUUACAAAGUUCUGGUGGCGGAGGCUCUGCGGCAACUCAUAGGAGAAAAGUUCUACAAACAAGAUCAGAUCCUCGCUCCUGGAUAUUACACAGACUUCCUCCUGUGGAUGGAUUCUUCUCGACGCAUCAUUCCGGUUCUCGACGAUGCCUCCUCGUUUGACUCUUGUGUUGGGGCGGAGCCAGAGGAGGGCGGGGCAUGUCGGCAUCACAUGACCCACUGCACACCCCCGAACCAGGAAAUACGCAGGCUGGUGUUGUCGGUGAACGAUCGCUGGCACUACUGUCAUCAGUCUGACGUCCUGAUCGGCUCCAGAGACAUGAGGAACAGGCACCUGAGGCUGACGGGGGCGGAGCUACUGCAGCUUCCGUACUUUGAGCUGGAAAAACUCAACGGCAUCGAGGACGUGAAAAAGUAUGUGCAUCAGAAACUGCUGCGGAUCGCCGACCUGAGCUGA